ACCGUUCUCCUCUGAGGGAUCCAGCAGAAUUAUGCUUUCAGAGAGGUAAAGGUACCACAGAAGUAUUUGGGGGAAUAUUUUUUGUGAAGCCGGAUUACUUGUGGCAUUAACUUGUUUGUUGGAGUAUUUCACCCCUGGCUAUUGGAACUGCACUCCGACGCACGAUGGCUUUUGCCAUGUUGAGGCCAAUGGCAUCUCACCUCGGCUACCCUGACCUCGCCAUGAUGUCUGAGGACGAAGAAAACCGCAGCGAGAGUGACGGCAGCUCGGACCAGAGCUACGGCUGCUAUGCUUCAGCGGACAAACGGCGAAGGAUGUCUCGGAAGUCCGGUAUUGGUAGCGUCCUCAUAGUAAAGCAACGGAACGCCGCAAACGCGAGGGAACGGGACAGGACGCAAAGCGUGAACUCCGCUUUUACAGCCCUUCGGACUCUCAUCCCCACGGAGCCGAUCGACCGAAAACUGUCUAAAAUCGAGACUCUGCGACUGGCGUCCAGCUACAUCUCACACCUGGCCAACGUGCUGCUGCUGGGCGACGGCAGCGAGGAGGGCCAGCCGUGCCUGAGCGCGGUCUACGGAGAGAUGGACGGGAAACAGCCGCGGACCAUUUGCACGUUCUGCCUGAGUAACCAGAGGAAAGGGUUGCGGGACGGUAAGGACUGUCUCCGGAUGCGUGGAGUAAAUUCCGUGCGCAUGAGCCGCCGGUAGGCCGUGAAGCGCAGCGAACACAAACGUAUCCCCAGCCGUUAAUGCUGGGAUGAAGCUCAGGGAGUGCGCGGGCCACGCGAGGAGGACCCAGUUCGGGAGACGGUGGAGACAGACGGGAAGUCUGACAGUGAAGUCAGACAGUAACUUCAGUUUGUGAACAUUUCUGUGUCCAGAUCCCUUCAGGCCUGUGGAAAGAAAAUAAAUACUCUCCAUAUUGUCGGCCAAAAAUAUUUUGAAAUGCAGAGCAUAAAGAUUUUUUAUAAGAGAAUUUAUAAUGUGUUUUCUACAAUGUUUUU